CCUUUUAUAUAUGUAUAUAUAUAUACAUAUACAAACAUACGUAUAAUAUCGCUGGCUACGUUACUAUAGACAAGAUAUAACAUAUUCGACGUUCUGCGAUAACCGAUCGCAAACGCGUUCAUCGGCAUAAUAAUAAUAUCACGUUUUAUACACGGACUCUGAUAAAUGAUCGAUCAUUCGGGGGGCUUCUCACGCUCCGCGUAUUUCAGAUUUUUUUAGUACCUCCUUAUCACCCACCCCCGAUCCACCCCCGCCCCCUUCGCCGCCCCAUAUCAUUAUUCUUACGUUCCCUCUGCCAAUCCCCUCCUCCCCCCGCCCCUCACCGCUAUUCCUUCCACCUGUGACAGUAGUUGGGAAUCACGCAAUAUUCGAUUCUGUGUACGGUACGUUAUUGCUACACGCAUAAUCGCACGGUUCAACUGUCAGGAACGUACGUUAUACCAUAUGUAGAAGACGUGCAGUUUUUGGCUUUCAUACAUACAUUACACCGGGGAAAUCAAUAUAUUGCGUAUAAUUCUUCUUAAAUACAUACAAUCAAAGUGUGCAGUUACGGUGCUCCGCAUUAUAUAUUAUCAGUAUAUCCUACAUAGAUCUUCACGGUGAAAAAGACACGCCGAUACCGAAGAGAGGAAGCCGCUGAAGAUCGUUGCUGCCGGUAUGCGGCACGCGAGGCCGCAGAUCAGCUCCGGGUAAAACGAGGAAGCGCGUUUGCGCCCGCACUCACGAGGAAAACUUGUCGUGGGGCUGGGAUCUCCAGGAUGCCAGGGCUGUUAAAGUUGCUAAGCUUGCUGAUCUAUACAGUGAUUGGCGUGCAGAACGGUGAGUCUAGCAGCGACGUCUGGCCCCUGGAGCGGCCGGACGGCAUGCCAGCAAUUGAAUCUCUCGAAGUAAUGUGCGGGAAAGAUCACAUGGACGUGCAUUUAUCCUUCUCGCAUCCCUUCGAGGGGAUUGUAUCCUCGAAGGGUCAACACGCCGAUCCUCGCUGCGUUUACGUGCCGCCGUCAACAGGACAGACCUUCUUUUCAUUCCGCAUAGCCUACGCGAGGUGCGGUACCAAACCGGAUAUGCAUGGACAGUUUUACGAGAACACGGUCGUCGUACAGUACGACAAGGAUCUUCUCGAGGUCUGGGAUGAGGCCAAACGACUCAGGUGCGAAUGGUUCAAUGAUUACGAAAAAACUGCCUCAAAACCACCGAUGGUCAUUGCUGACCUCGACGUUAUACAGCUCGAUUUUCGAGGGGAUAACGUCGAUUGCUGGAUGGAAAUUCAGCAUGGUAAAGGGCCGUGGGCGCCGCCGGUAUCCGGGAUUGUUCCUCUGGGCUCAACCCUGACCCUCGUCAUCGCUAUCAACGAUUACCGAGGUGAAUUCGACAUGAGAGUCAAGUCCUGCGUCGCGUCCAAUGGACGAGGUCACAAGAUUCAACUUAGCGACGAAUUUGGCUGCGUACUAAGGCCGAAAAUGAUCAGUCGAUUCUUGAAGGCGCGAGGAUCCGAUGAUCGAGCCACGGUCAUUACCUACGCCUUCUUCCACGCAUUCAAAUUCCCCGACGCUCUGAGCGUCCACAUCAAAUGCAAGGUAGAGAUCUGCAGGCACGGUUGCCUCGAUCAUUGCCAAUUGGACGGUCAGAUAAGCCACUUCGCUCAAAAGCGUAAAGACCAUCAGGCACCGUCGAUACUUACUUACACCGCAUCGGCAACGACAACCGCAACGACCGGCGAAGUGGACGAGGACGCUUCUAUUUACGAGGACAUUAUCGAAAACGGUGCAGGUGAAGUCGCCUCUCAAGGUGAACCGCAGUUUCCAACCGUUGCCGAAAAGUCUUCGUCUCCGAAGGCCGAGGCCCAGACGAGUCAACGUCAACCAGCACCGAUAGUCGAACCCCAGCAGGAAGACUCUGAGAGUCUUAUGGGCCAGUCGUAUCCGUUCUUGGAACCGCUUCGGCGCCUGCAGCAGCAAGAGGAUAACAACCCGACAGAAGAGAAGUUCCCACACGGUCCGCGGAACCUGGAAAAGGAGCAGCCACUGCACGCCGGUGAAUCACUCUCGUCGGGAGGCGGAUCGCCGGUAGCAACGCGUCAGAAAAGAUCGGUAGUGGUUUCCGACCGGAAGGCGAGAAGCGCGGACGUCGGUGUCAGCGGUCUCUACGAGGUGAUCUCGGAGGCGGAUCUCGCCUUCAGUCCGGACGCCCACGCCGAGGCAGUGACCGUAUUUCAAGGCAGGAUCAGGGAGGAGGUCGUCUACGGUAUCUGUCUUCCGAUACCCGGAUUCAGCGCCCUGUUCGUCAUAGUAUCGCUGUCGGCCGUAGUGUCCGCCCUUAUCGCCGGCGCUAUGCUGCAUCGGCUUCAGAUGCAACGCGAAGUCGUCGCCGUCAGCCAGGAAGGCACCGCCGCAGUUGCGACGCACAGAUGGCUCGCUUACCGGCUGCUUCGCGUGCGUCGGCUCAACCAGAUGCAGCAGCCUCCACAGAUAAACCUCAGCCAGCCCCAGAGUCAACCUCAAUCCGUGGCCGCCACCACGGUUGAACAAGGCUGACCUGCCUCCGGUAUCACUUUAAUGUAUAAUCAUGUGUAAUGCAGGUUUUCGGAGAGAACGAGAGAGAGAGAGAGAUGGAGAGAGAGAGAGAGAGAAAGGAAAUGGGGAGAACGAGGAAACGGAGACGAAAAAACAGGAAGAAAACACAAAAAAAAUUAACCGCAACAAAUACGAGAGAGACAAUUAUUAUUAUUAUUAUUAUUUUUAUUAUUAUUAUUAUUAUUAUAAUAAUAUACGUAUAAUGCAAUAUACUGUACAAAGUACCCUAAACUAUAUCGUAUUGAGUUUAGUAUUCGGAGGAACGUAGUUAGAAAUAUACAUCUGUCAGGGUAUUUAAUUGACGGAUAAAGAAAGUUCUGUAUUGGAGUGUGAAAUGAAUUCGUACAUUAAUUAUUAUUCUCCGGGCGGAAAACUUUAACUUUAUGUCCGUUGAAUUGAAUCGAUGAGAAAAUUUUAUUUUAUAAAACGAUUGUUAUACUGACCGCAUUUGGCUACACCGAUGACUGUCGAGUCAAUCGAUUACAGCAGAUCAAGCAUGGCUGCGCGGGGUUUCUUAUAAAUUAAAUCACAGAUCGAAUGCACAAUAAAUUUUUAUGGUGAGAAAUGAGUAAGAAAGCAGUGAAAAAUAGCGAUGGUGUACGACGUCUUUCUUUUCCGGAAACACCCCGACACAUGUAUAUUUUAAUAUUUCUGAAUAGGUAAAUUAAUAGUGUAUAAUUAUUAUAAUUAUAUGUAUUAUUACCUUGUAAGUAUGAUAAGUAUUCAUUUAAUACAAACCAACACAAAAAAAUCUUUAUUAAGUCAAAGAACAGAUUUUCCACUACAUAUCGUAUCACCUGUCUCAAAAUUAUAUUGUUCUAGAAUACAAAAACAGCCAGAUUCUAUAAAAAAAUUUACUUGUGUACAGGUAUUUUCUCAUCCUAUGAUCGCAAUCAUGCGGCACAUUAUAUCUUUAAAUGAUUCGGUAUGUAUUGGAGAGAAAGAUGAUUAAUAUAGUAGACAUAAAUAUUUCAGAGACCUAAGUGCAAUAGCUCUUAUUGAAGAAGAACCGAUUGCGAGUGGUUCCAGGGCAUUUAAACGUUCAACUUAUUGUUAGCGAGACAACGUCGUGUGAGGUGCGUAAUUGAUGUACCAAACAGCUCGUUGUUAGUGGGAAAUGAAGCAUUUUAUCAAAUGCAUAAAAUUUAAAAUAAUCGCGACUACUUGUUUGCGGAAAAAGUAGUUUAUUGUAUUAUCACUCUGACAUUGGAGUCGCAUCAACUAAUAAAGUGCUUUGCGGGUUGCAUAGGACGAGGCGCUUGAGUGGAAAAAAAUUACGAACUUACGGUAUAAAAUUUCUUUAAGAAAUUUUGUUCGCGUCUUUUUUCUUAAUAUUAAUUACUUUUGAAUGUAAAAUUUGGAUAACAUUUCCUCGCAGUCAAAUUCGGGGCACCUGAUGUAAUUAUUUUCAUCAGUUACGGUUCGACGAAAUAUAAUUGGAAAAAUAAUUCAAUAAGAUUUUUAUUUAAGAAAAUAUACACGAACGGCUUCAAUUAUUUACAGUAACAUUCCUAUUUUUCAUAUAUAAUGUCUACACCGUAUGCCGAGUGCCAAUUUCAUUUCGAUAUACGAUAUAAUUUUUGAAUUUUUUUACAACGAUUAUAUGUAUAAUUAAAUUGCUUCAACUCCAUGCGACUUUACGCAACAAACUUAACGCUCUUAAAAUAACAUGUUCUGCAAAUACGACAACGAUAAGGAACAAAUUAACAAUUCCAGAUUAGCGAACAGGGUUGAUCGCACAGAAAAGAAAAUUGCUCUACACGUACCGACAAUCAGUAUAACGUAUGCACAAUAGAAUUCCAAUUAAGUUAUUUGGUUGGUGAUAU